UGCCGCGCGGAUACAGCGAGCGCACCCUGAGAAUGGCCGCUUCCACGGAGUUACGGAUGGACCAGCUGCCGUCGGACCCGCUGCUCCACAUUCUGUCCUUCCUGGAUUAUAGAGACCUGGUUCAUUCUAGUUACGUCAACCGGAGGCUGAAUGAUUUGUCCAAACACAACCUGCUGUGGAAGCGUCUGUGCUCCAAACACUGGCUCCUGACAGAUGUGGACAGGCUGCAGAGUGGUGCGUCCUGGUGCUGUCUCUUCAGACAGUUCUACAGUGACUUGGGACGCUACAUCAAAUACUACGCAGUGCUGAAGAGAUCCUGGGAGCAGCUGAAGGACUUCCUGCAGCAAAAAUGUCCACGCAUGAUUGCAUCUCUGAAAGAGGGCACCACCGAGGCGGAGCUUAAUGACAUUGAGGCUCAUAUUGGCUGUCGGCUUCCAGAUGACUACCGCUGCUCCUACCGCAUCCACAACGGACAGAAACUGGUGAUCCCAGGGCUGAUGGGCAGCAUGUCCCUGUCCAACCACUACCGCUCUGAAGUCCUGUUGGAUGUGGAGACAGCGGCUGGAGGCUUCAGACAGAGAAAGGGCAUGAGAUGCUGCCUGCCGCUCACCUUCUGCUUCCACACUGGCCUCAGUCAGUACAUGGCCCUGGAACCCUCAGAGGGACGCCGGAGGUUCGAAAGCUUCUACCCCAGCCCCGAUCAGACGUCUCAGGAUCCUUCUGCCAUCGACAUGUUCAUCACAGGUUCCUGUUUCUUAGAGUGGUUCUCCGUGUACGUCCGCAAUGUUGUCACCGGAGAAUAUCCGAUCAUCAGAGACCAGAUCUUCAGAUACGUGCAUGACAAAGGCUGUGUAGCGACUACUGAUGACAUCACCGUCUCCGUCUCUACCUCCUUCCUGCCAGAACUUUCCUCUGUCCAUCCACCGCACUUCUUCUUCACCUAUCGGAUCAGAAUUGAGAUGUCAAGCAGCGCGCUGCCUGAAGCCGCCUGUCAGCUCGACAGCCGCUACUGGAAAAUCACCACCUCUGACGGCAAUGUGGAGGAGGUUCAGGGCCCCGGGGUGGUCGGAGAGUUUCCCAUCAUGACGCCUGGAAAAGUCCACGAGUACGCCAGUUGCACAACCUUCUCCACGCCGUCGGAGUACAUGGAGGGUCACUACACCUUCCACAGGCUGGCUGAUAAAGAGGAAGUUUUCCACGUGGCCAUCCCUCGCUUCCACAUGGUCUGUCCCCCCUUCAGAGAGACGGCAAGACGCUCGAAGGCGUCCACCAGUCAUACACCUCGCUUUGACGACCACGACGAUGGCGAGUACUGUGAUGGAGAUGGGGACGACUUUGGUGACCUGAGAGGAAUCAACAUGGCUGCCUUGGAGGGGACGUGGUGCCCACGUCACAUUUGACCUUUGACCUCCACCCCAGUCAGUCAUUCAGGUCUGAUUGAUGAUAGUGAAAUCGCCACAACAGCCAGAGAGGGCCGUUGUCAUGGAAACCGUGUCCAUUUGCGGCCAUCGUACCGACAGGAAUGAUUGACAGGUGAAGGCUGAUUUGUGAACCUGAACUACAUGGGGACACGCCCACUUGGCCUUCCAGCUGUCCAAUAGCUAAUGUGAACAAGGUGCAGUUUUAUAGAACUGAUUGAACUUUACUUAUGAAGAAGUGAAAGGAAACGAUGAGGUCGACCGCUUUCUGAACUGUAACGCACUUUUUUUGUUUGUGAUGACGGAAGGUUUUGAUGAGACAGACGUGUAGGUGAAUCCAAAAAAUAUAUAAAAAAAAACAAUAAGAACCCUGGCAAGGAAACUGUUUGUUUAAAAGUCACUUCUUCAAAAAUAAAAUUGAGUAAUAGUUAUCCUUUCAUAAUAAAAUGAUUCCCUCAGAGCACUUUGUGUUUUAUGGCUAAAACAUUAAAGUCCAACAUAACGUGGACAAAACAGAGAGAGAGAAAAAAAGCCUUUUCUGGUCACUUUUAAACUGAACUGUUUUGUUACAAGUAAAUGUAAGACUUUUUUUAUACGACUUGAUCUGCACAGAUUGGACUUUAGUUACAUCUGUUUUUGUUUUAAUGUGGGCUCUGGUGGUUCUGGACAACUUUGAGGAUUUUCUUUGAAAUCAGGAGUCAUGUAUAUUUUUCCUUUUUCUUUUUGUUGUGUAAAAUUGCCUGGUUUCUGGUGUUUUCAGAAAUGCAGCGGGUUUUAGGUUGUGGUGUUUUUAUUUACAUUAACUUUUUCAUCACCUGGAAUGUUUGAGGGUGAAAAUCUUUACCGUCUUGAUGCUUGACGUUGUGAAUAUCUGAUUUGUCAGGAUGUGUGGUUACGUGCUGAUGGGAUUGGUGGGUUUAUUUUGUAUAUUUUGUGGGGUUCUUUUGUUUUGUUUUUGGAUAAAUAAAUAUUACAGCAGAUUC